AUGGCAAACAUCGUUCAAGGUGAGCUCAUUCAUCUCGUAGGUGAGUACAUGGCAAUUAAACUGUUUAUUCCUGAUUUUCAAGCAGGAGGUGCUGAAAUAGAUAAUUUAAACGUAAUUAUUGCGAUUGAUAGAAGUGGAUCUAUGGCUGGACCUCCAAUCCAGGACGCAAAAGGAGCCACUCUAAGCUUGAUUCAGAAAUUUAAAAAGGCUCGCAUUCCAGUCACAUUAUAUCUAUUUAACAAUCGGCUUGUGGAAGUAUCUUCAAGUGAUAAUGGAUUUGAUGCAGUCAUUAACACAGCUGAAAAUCUCAGCGCUUUAGGAGGAACUUUAUUCGCUCCUGUAAUCGGAGCUAUCGAUAAACAAAUAAAAGAAAAAGGCAUGAAAAGCGUCUUCUGCAUUUGGCUUUCAGAUGGUCAAGACAACGACGGAUUAGCACAGCUGAUCCCCAUUAUGGAAAAUUUCCAAAAAGACAUGGAAAAUCUCGGAACCUCGAUUGCUGUACAUUCAAUAGGUUUUUCUGAAAACCAUGACGCUACCCUCUUAACUGCUCUAUCUCAAAGUGGGACAAAGCCUGGCUCCUUUCAAUAUGUCCCUCCAGGCGGAAGAAUCCCUGUAGCUGUUAACAAUAUUUAUGAGCUUGCUUUCGAAGUUGCAAUUUGGGCACGAUUUAUUUCUACAGAAAAUAAUGCAAGCUAUAAAAUUUCAAUUGAAAGAUCCCAUCAAGAAGACAUGUAUGAAGGCUUAAUCUAUAUUAGUGAAAACGACUUAGAAGACUGUAAAAUCGAAGUACACAAAGGCUCAUCUGUAAAAGUUUAUGAAUUAGAAUACACAAGAGGGGACACAGAUGAUUUCAGAAAACUUGUGCAUUUGGUCACUAACUUUGUGAGUGCGAAAAUUAUUCAGAUUUUGGAAAUGAAAACAGAAAACCAAAGGAAAAAUUUGGAAGAAAUUUGUCCGUUAAUUGAAGAAAUGAAUAGGAGAAUUGAUAAUCUUGAAGGAGAAUCGAGAAGGCUGAGGAUUUUCCAGAGAAAACAAUGCACAAUUUAUUUUAAUGCGGCAAAAGAGCUAUUUAACUGUUAUUAUGAAAUUAUGAGAGAAACUUCAAUAGGAGACUUAACAAAUUUGCAGCUGGCAAAGCUUAAUAAUUAUGCUCAUAAAUUAGUCUUGAUUAGGAAUCUAGAAAAGAAGCUAGCGAAAGAGUCAAGAGCCGCACAUGAAAUGUUGAAUCAAACAGAAUCAAACAUCAAUGAGGCAGUAAUGAAAUUUAAUAUCCCUGAAAUACAGCAAAAAUAUGCAAAUCAUAUCACUGAGUACGGAAAUUGUAUUAUCUCAGGCAAUAACAAUAUGACCAUGGACGGAAAUGAUGUACUCCGUAAACUUUUUCUCCUCCAUGAAUUUUAUUAUUAUGGGAUUCGGAUUAUCUGGUGCACCUUUACCCACAAUGCCAAAUAUGGCUUAUCGUAUAAGGCAAGUCGCUUGGUAUAGGAUCUUAGGACGUAUAGGAGUUUUACAUCUUGGCACACCCAAGAAGGGUGACCCUUAGGCGGAACACGAGCAGGAGUCAAGUCUGGAGAAAUGUCAACGCGACCUGAGGCUUUCUGGUCCUUUUGGUGAUCACUGGAAUUCUUGCAGGACAAGAUGACUGUUGAUGUCAUCAACUAGGAGUUAAAAAGGGAGGUCUUGAUAUUACUCCCUGCUGAAGAGAGCAUCACUUUAAAAUCUGAUUAAUUUAAUGUAUUAUCUCAGGCAAAAGCUGAAUUGAUGCAAUUCCAGAUGGUGACUGUUUUUGUAUGACUUUAGAAAUUGAAAGGCCAAGAGACUUACUAGGACUUGCCUAUGAAAUUAAAAUAAAAAAAAUCCUUGUCUAUUCUAUAACUGCAGACUCAUUUAUCGAUUCAGCGCUUUUUGAAACCAAAGCAGGACAGAUUAUUCAAGGCUCCAGAUCAUAUCAAAACGGAGUCAAGCCAUUGCCCGCAAAUGAAAUUAUCAAAGGGCUACCUAAUGAAAUUAUUAAUGGAAUUUUCCCAGUUUAUAUCAACGAAGAUCAUUGGCAAAUCGCAAAAGAAAAAAUAAAGCCACUAAUAGGAUGGAACGUCACAGUCAAUGUGCUGGGAUAUGAAGACCAACAAUUAGACGAGUUCCCUUAUAUGCUCUACGCCAAAGCUAUUGAAGAUGCUCAAACAGAUUUUCAGUAUUUCCAAUUGAAUUUAAUUAGAGAAACCUGUUUAGCUUUAUAUAGAGACAACAAAGACCUUUUUCUGGGGAGACUUAAAUAUCAAUUUGAUGAAUACUUAACUAAUGUUUCAAGCAGGCUUCCCAGCACGAUUCAUAAUAACUCAGCAUUUUUAGCAAAGCUUUUAUGUGUGCAUCAAACAGGCGAUUUCCAAAAAUCAGAAAUUUUAUUCCCAUACAUUUUUGAAGAAGAAUUCAGACGCAGGAUUAUUUUCCCUGCAAAAAUUACGUUUUUUGAUUUCGUCAUCAAAAUGCUGGAUAUUGAUGCCUCAAAAUAUAUAGAAAAGGUUGAAAGCCAAGGAUUUUCGAUUUCCUAUUACGCUCAAAAGUUUUUAACAGAAUUAGAGCGAGUUGAUAGAGAUUAUCAAUAUCACGCCCAUAAGAAGUUCAAUUUCACCUUUACAGGAAAAAUUGAUGAGCUUUCACCAAGAGCGGAGUCCUUUAUUGAUAAAAUCCCAGCCCAAAUGAAACCAGGAGGGAUGCUCUAUAAAAUCCUACACAUGAUGGGGCAAUUUGGAUUUCCUAUUCAUAGUUCCUUAGAAAGCCUAGGAAUCGUUACAAAUGAGCAAAAACUCGCUUUAGUUUUCCAAUCAAUCAGAGAUAAAAGGGAAAUUGACAGAAAAAAUUCAAUAGCAAGAGGGGAGUUCGUAAAUAUUUUUGAUCCUGAUGCUUCUUUAAAGUUCAUUCAAAACUUAUAUACUCAAGCAGUGAGAAAAGAAGCAACAGCUCACAAAAAAGUGGCCCAUAACAUUGAAACGGACUCGAAUAACACCUAUCUUAAAGCUGAAUGGUUUGCCAGGACUUUAAAUCUUAAUGAAGCAGCUGGAUUAUUACUUGGAACUCUUUCUGGAGGUAAUGAUUUUCCAAUAUAUUUCAAAGCACUUAUGGAGCCUUAUACAGAACUUCCAGCACAAAAAGCAGCAAUGCUUACUUCAGGACAAUAUAAAACAGUGAAGCUUAUUGUAACCACCGAUGAGAAAAAUAAAGGCUUUAUCACCUGGAAUCCUUCAAAUGCAAAUUUACAUAAGAUUUGGUAUAUAAAUAGAAAUAAAUCUACAAAAGAAGAGUGGUUUGAAGCUUUUCCAGAAAGAGCUGAGCAUUUAGAACAUAAAUAUUUGAGACUUGAAGGAGUGUUUGUUCCAUAUUCUAAUCCUCGAAAAAACGUUAGGGAUAGAAGGCACUGGAAUAAAGACAAUAAUGAUGUAGUGAAAAACCAGAGACUUAGAACAAAGUAUGUUGGAGUAAAAUAA